UGGUUUGGUUCAUUUGGGGUUUUAGCCACCACACCGUCUUCUCUUUCACAAACCAAAACCACGAACAAGAAGAAGAAGAAGAAUGGUGAGACUUACAGCCGAUUUGAUAUGGAAAAGCCCUCAUUUCUUCAACGCUCUUCGCGAACGUGAACUCGAUCUUCGAGGCAAUAAGAUUCCUGAGAUAGAGAAUUUGGGCGCUACUGAGGAUCAGUUUGACACUAUUGAUUUGUCUGAUAACGAGAUUGUGAAACUCGAAAACUUCCCUAAUUUGAAUAGGCUCGGAACAUUGCUGCUUAAUAACAACAGGAUUACUCGUAUUAACCCUAACAUUGGAGAGUUCUUGCCGAAACUGCACUCUUUGGUUCUUACUAACAAUCGGCUUGUUAACUUGGUUGAGAUUGACCCACUUGCGUCACUCCCGAAACUACAGUACCUGAGCUUGCUGGACAAUAACAUUACAAAGAAACCGAAUUAUCGGUUGUAUGUCAUUCACAAGUUGAAGGCGUUACGUCUGCUUGAUUUCAAGAAAGUGAAACAAAAGGAGCGAAUUGAAGCAGCAAAGUUAUUUGCGUCAAAGGAGGCUGAAGAGGAGGCUAAAAAGGAAUCUGUGAAGACGUUUGUACCUGGUGAGGUUGCAACCGAUGAGCCUAAGGAACAGGAGCCAUCCAAACCAGUGGGCCCUACACCAGAGCAAAUCAUAGCUAUAAAGGCUGCCAUUGUCAACUCUCAAACCCUUGAAGAGGUAGCAAGACUUGAAAAGGCUUUGAAAUCUGGUCAAGUUCCAGCCGAUCUUAAUAUCGGAAAUACCAAUUUGUCCAAUGCAACAAGCAAUCAAAGUGCCACAGAUCAAGCAACUAAGGAAAAUGACGGUCCUGCAGACAUGGAGCAGGAAUGAGCGUAUGCUGAGGUGGACGGGGUUGUAUAUGGCGCGGGAAGUAGAAUUUGGGAAGCAUAUCCAGAUUGUUUACCGAUUAUCAAAUGAAGUAAAGCCGGUGUUGUAGAAUUAAUAUGACUGGAAGAAGUCGGUUUCGCCCUACAAUACCCCUUUUAUUAUGUGCUUAUUAGUUGAGAACUUGAUACCAGUAUCUGAGUUGUUAUUUUGUAAACUGAGAUGGAGAACAAAGUACUUUGAGGUAAAGAAAGGAUCUUGCAUGCUGCUUUCUUCUUUGAUUUU